UGGAGGUAGGGUGGCAGUGGCUGGCAGCUCGGAGUGGAAACAACAAGGCGGCAACGUUUCGACCAUCCAGUUAAGAUAUCAACUCUUGUUAGCAGGUAUAUGCGUAAAUCCUUACAAAAUCGUCAGCGCCGGGAAACCAUGCUUGGAUUGAAGUUAAUGCAGCUUGGAAUCAGAUCACAUAUCAAAGGCUAUAAUUUCUUUGCAAAGAAUCUCUUAACGGGACUAAAACGCUUCUCGACUUGCUCCAAAUGGCUGAAGGUCGCAGCGCCCAAGCUCACGGCAGCCAUGGCGAUCCCGAAAGUGGUGAUCGACACCGACGCAGGGCUGGACGACGCCCUGGCGAUCUUCAUGGCCCUGGAGUCCCACAGGCGCGGAGAUAUCAAGGUGGUCGCCAUCACCACCGUGCACGGGAACACCAAGGUGGACAAUGUCUGCGUUAACGUUCUGAGGAUCUUGCGAACAGCCGACUUGCUGGAGGAGAUCCCGGUGUUCGUGGGCGCGAGCGAGAGCCUCGUCCACCCGUGGGUUGACCCCGGCGAGCCCUUCCACGGGCGCGACGGCUUCGGGGACUCUGAGCUCUCCUCCCCCGCUCCCCCCACCUCGCUCCUGAAGCCGCAGCACUCGGUGUGGGCGCUUUUCGAACUCUCCAAGAAGUAUGAGGGUGAGUUAGUUCUCGUCGCCUUGGGUCCGCUCACCAACGUGGCACUGGCGCUGCGUCUGGACCCGAAGUUCACUUCCCGGUUAGCUGGGUUCUAUGCCAUGGGUGGAAAUACGACGGCCCUCGGGAAUAUCACGGUCUGCGGUGAGUUCAACUUCACGUGCGAUCCAGAGGCAGCAAGAGUUGUACUGGAAGGGUCAGAACAGGUCAUUUGUCUUGUGCCAUGGGAAACGUGUCUCUAUGGCACUAAUAUCGCCUAUCACGAACGGGAAGAAAUGGGUUCAGUCAGCGCUCCAGCAGCUCAGCUCAUGAACCAGAUUGAGCGCAAGGUACUGAGCGAGAGAGACUUUGAUUCCUGGAUUACCUGUGAUCAGUUAGCUAUGGCUUGGAUGAUCGAUGACGUCAGGAAUAAAAAAGUUUCCAUUACAAAGGAGAAAGAAGAACAUACCAAAGUUGGUUCAUCUAGCAAACUGACAACAACAUCUAAGAAAUGUUUUGCAACAAUAGAACUUAAUGGAAGUUAUACACGUGGCCAAAUGGUAAUUGACCAUGAUAACAAACUGAAAAGGAAUUCCAAUGUUUUAAUCAUGACCGCUGUAGAUAAAGAGCUGUAUCGACGGUACCUUCGCAUGGCCUUUGGUGGAGAAUUUUAAACUAGGGUGAGAGAUUCUAUAAAGAUGUGCCAAUUUCAUGACUUUACUUUGAUUAUAUAUAUUGGUUGUAUCAUCAGAAGACUGUAGUCUGCCUCUAAGACUCAGUUUAUUUUAUCCUUUCGUACUGUAUUUGUGUUUCAUUUCAUAUACUUCAACAGAUGUGCAUUCUCUUCCAAAAACAAUGAAAGCUUUUUAAAUCUUAAAUUAAUUUUUAUUUGUCACUGGCUAGUUUUGCUUUAUUUUUCUGUCAAUGAUAUUUACUAAUUAUGUGAUCCAUUAUUCAUUUUGAUCAAAUCAUUCAUGUAAAACUUUCUUUUAAGAAAUG